AUGUUACUGAAGAGCGAUUCAAAGGAAUUUAUCGAAAAUUCUGAUGACGAUGGUUCUGCAGCCAGGAAUUCAGCCACCGAGAAAUCACGGGACGAUUCCGAUGGAAGCGCGGCUUUGGGAUCGUCCCCGCCUCCUGGAGCGCAGGAGCGAAUUCUUACAAGACGGGAUCAAGCCGUUCCAAAACGAAUUCAGCAGAUCACUCACAAUUCCUCCGGGACAAAUACAGGGCGAGAUAGUUUCACACAAACCCAUCAGCCGCAGCCACGCCCGAGGCCAGAACCAACUCCGCCGCCAGCGCUCGAUUUGAAAGACGUUCAAUGUCAAACGCCUAAGCGACCGACUCCUCGACCUAUUAGUGCUCCGUCAAAGAAACCAAAGCCAAAUCCUCUCCUUGGAGAAGGAGGAAAUCGAGGCGGCUUUGGCGGUGGAGGUGGAUACGGUCUCCAGCCACUUAGACCCGCUUCAAGUGGAAUAAAAGGAUAUGACACCAUGAACGACAAACACAUGGUCGAUUUCUAUAAGAAAAAAUUUGGUCUGACGAACAAAAAGGGCAAGAAAGUCCGCGGCCAGAUCAAAUACAAAGUCAGAGUUGAAACUGGCGACAUGAAAGGCGCCGGAACUGAAGCUCGCGUUUAUUUGACCCUGAUCGGCUCCAAAGGACAAUCGAAGAAGCAACGAAUUUACAAAAUCUCUGGCAACGGGCAACAAGAUCCAGACUUGUGUCCGUUCAAGGUUGGUGCUGGAACUGAUGCGAAUGUUUUCAUAACGCUUUAUGGAAAACGCGGGCAGACGGAGAAAUGUCCUCUUAUUUCAAAAACUGUCGAUACCUUCGAGCGCGGGCAAUCGGAUGUGUUUGUCAUUCCUGGUGUAGAUGUUGGAGGCAUCAAAAAGGUCCGAAUCGAGCAAGACGGCAGGGGUCGCGGAUCAGACUGGUUCCUCGAACGACUUGUUGUGACAAACCAAAUCAGGCCGAAUGACAAACAGUACUUUUACUGUGGAUCUUGGCUGAAUGACAAGGAAGGAAUGUUCCGAGAUCUGGUUGGAACAUCCGAUCCUUCUCAAAAAGCUCAACUGACCAAUUACUCGAUUAAAAUAACAACUGGUGAUUUCCGAGGAGCCGGAACAGAUGCAGAUGUUUAUCUGACUGUAUUUGGCGACAUGGGCGAUACUGGAAAGAAAUAUCUCGACAAUAGAAUGGAGAAUAAUUUUGAACGGGGCAAAACUGACACUUUCUUGCUCAAACUUCCGUCUGUGGGAAUCCCGGAGAAGAUCAGAAUCGGGCACAAUAAUAAAGGACCAAAGCCUGGAUGGUAUCUGGAAAAAGUGGAGAUCGAGGUCGAGGGAAAACCUUACGAGUUCAUUUGCCAGCGCUGGUUUGCCAAGUCAGAAGAUGAUGGAAAAAUCGAGCGGGAGUUUCAACUUGGCGGCAGAGAAGACAUUUACAUCCAUAAAGUCUCUAUUUACACUGGCGACGAGCGUAACGCUGGAACGGACGCAAAUGUCUGGGUUCAGCUGUUUUCCGAAGCAGGAGAAGAUUCUGGUCGAGUUGAGCUUCAAGGAAAGUGGGAGAGGAAAGAUGUCGAUCACAAUAAUCUCGAAAUGGCGGACAACUUCUCACCGAUUAAGUACAUUCAUGUUGGGCAUGACAACUCUGGUCGCGGCCCCGGCUGGUUCUUGGACAAAGUGGUGAUUUAUUCAAACACUACUGGGUUGGAACAAACCUUUGAUUGCGGCGAAUGGCUCGAGCAAAGCAAAACCAAUUCUUCUCAGAGAAAACUAAUGGAGACCAAGUCCAAGCGGCGAUAUCUUGGAGAAGGGCACGGUUACGUAGCGAAAUUCUGGACUUCGGAAGUUCGCGGCGCUGGAACCAACGCCAAUGUUUUCGUCCAAGUCUACGAUGUUCAAGGAAAUCGUUCGGAUGAAAUUCCACUGGACAAUCAAACAGACAACUUUGAAAAAGGUCAGAUGGAUCGUUUCACUUUGGAUCUUCCGCCAGACUUUGAUCAGCUUUACAAAAUCCGCGUCUGGCAUGACGGGUCGAGGCCGAUGGCUGGUUGGCAUCUUGAUCGCGUCGAGCUUUCGAAAGCAAAUACGGACGAAGUUUAUGAAUUCUUCUGUGACAGAUGGCUUGCUACUGAUGAAGAUGAUGGGCAAAUCGUACGAGAGCUCCCAGCAACGGGACAGAAGGUGAAAAAGCCGGGAGAAUUGAAAGAUUACAAAGUCAUCGUCAAAACUGGAGAUGUUUUUGGAGCUGGUACAGAUGCAAAUGUCUACGUGAUUCUCUACGGCCUUGGCGAUUCUGGAAAAAGAGCCCUAGAAAAAUCUCAGAAUCGAAAUAAGUUCGAGAGGAAAAACACUGAUGAAUUCAUCCUUCAAGCUGUCGAUCUUCAGGAGAUAAAUCACGUGCAAAUUGGGCACGAUAACUGGGGCGGAAACGCUGGUUGGUUCUGCGACUCGGUAGAAGUGGUUGAUAUUGCCAGUGGAGUGAGCCAAGAAUUCAUCUGCGGCCGUUGGCUAGACCAGCGAAAAGAAGAUGGAAAGCUCUUCCGAGAUCUCUACCUCGACGGCAAUGAAAUGCUCCACACGACUCGCUACACAGUCCGCGUUAAAACCUCUGAUAUUUUGAAUUCAGGGACAAAUGCAAACGUCUCUUUAAAAAUCUACGGCGAGGAUGGAACAACAGAAUUAAUGCCAUUGAAGCUCAACGAAAAUCGAAUCCGAGAUAAAUUUGAGCGCGGCCAAGUUGACAUUUUCCACAUGGAAGCGCCAAAUGUCGGUGAUGUUACCAAAAUCUUACUUGGGCACGACGCCCGAGGCUUGAAAGAUGGCUGGCAUGUUGAAUACCUUGAGCUGGAAGUGCCAGAAAUAGGAAAAGCAUACGUUUUCACGGUCAAUCGCUGGUUUGCUUCUGACGAAGAUGAUGGUGAAACCUGGCGAGAAUUGGCUCCAACAGAAACAGCAAACAGAGACGGAACUAUUCCUUACCAAAUCGAGGUAACAACUGGUGACGUCCGAUUUGCGGGCACAGAUGCCAAUGUUUUCAUUCAAAUCUACGGAGAAGAGAGCAAAACAGAAGAAAAAAUCCUCAACGACAGAUCUGACAACUUUGAGCGGGGCAAAGUCGACCAGUUCAAAAUAGAAGACGUAGAUGUGGGAAAAAUCCAAAAGAUCAGAAUCGGACAUGAUGAUUCAAAAGUUGGUUCAGCGUGGAAUCUCGACCGGGUAGUCAUUUCGACGAAAAAUGGCAAAGGAGAGGUUGAAAAGACCAUUUUUGUUUGUGACAAGUGGUUUGAUAAGAAAAAGGAUGACAAGCAAAUUGUCAGAGAGCUUUUGCCCACCGACGAGUCAGGCAAUCCAGUUGGAGACAUAAACGAAGUUGAGUACAAAAUCGAAGUCGUCACUGGUGAUGAGCGGGGUUGUGGAACAAAUGCGAAUGUUUUCAUCACGCUGACGGGUGAAAAUGGCGACACUGGCGAACGACCACUGACUUCGUCGGAGAAUCUCAACAAGUUUGAACGAAAUCAGACGGAUACCUUCACAAUCAAAGCAGCCGAGCUGGGCGAAUUGACAUCUCUCAGGAUCCGUCAUGAUAACUCCGGCUUCAAGGCAGGUUGGUACGUCGAUCACGUGAAAGUAUCUGGGCCAGGAAUGUCGGAGCAGAUGGCAUUCCCGUGCAAACGAUGGCUAGCAGUUGAUGAAGAUGAUGGUCAAGUCGAACGAAGCUUGAUCCCCAUUCCCAUUUCUCAGUGGCAGAACAAAGGCCGAAAUUCCAUCGCUCUCGAGCAAAAAGCCGCCGUCGAUACGUACAAUAUUUCAAUCAAAACCGGCGACAGAAGAGGUGCUGGAACCGACGCCAAUGUCUACAUUCAACUCUUCGGUGAAGAAGACGACUCUGGAAAAAUCCAGCUCAAGACGAGUAAUAACAGAAAUAAAUGGGAACGCGAUCAACUUGAUCAAUUCUCUGUGGAAGCGAUAAACCUCGGCGAUUUGAAAAAGAUCAGACUUGGGCACGACAAUGCAGGUUUCAAAUCAGGCUGGUACGUUUCUUACGUCGAAAUUGAAUGCCCUGGCGAGGGAAAAGCCUGGCGUUUCCCAGUUGGACGAUGGUUUGCAAAAGAUGAAGAGGAUCAACUCAUCGAGCGAGAUUUGUACCCAGAUGAUGGUGAUACAGAAAUAGUUGUGCCAAAGAUUCCUUACGAGUUCAGCGUUUACACCACAGACAACAGAGGAAGCGGAACAAAUGCAAAUGUCUACGUUCAGCUUUUCGGCGAAGACGGAUCUUCAUCAGACAAGAUUUUCUUAUGCCCGGAUAAGUUCGAAAGAAGACAGCGAUUCGAAGCCGGCAACUGCGAUAUAUUCACAUUUGAAUUAACAAAUGUAGGUCCUAUUGAAAAAUUAAGAAUCGGCCACGAUGAUAACGGAUUUAAAUCGGGCUGGCAUCUGGACAAAGUCGUCGUAAGGACGAUGAAAGACGUCAAAGAUAUCGCGUCUGGGUCGGAGGAGACGGUCUUUAGCGCCAACAGAUGGCUGGCGUCCGACGAGUUGGAUAAGCGAAUUGAACUCGAUCUGCUCGCAGGAGGGACGUUGAUUGAAAACAAGACUUACACAAUCAAGGUGUUUACUGGCGACAAAAUGGGAGCCGGAACCAAUUCGAAUGUUUUCAUCAAACUUCUUGGCGAAAACGGUGAAUCUCCUGAAUUCCCGCUUCUCGAAUCCGAGAACAGAAACAAAUUCGAGCGUGGACAGCUCGAUACCUUCACAGUAACAACGCCAGAUUUAGGGCAAGUCUUCAAAAUGGUCAUUCGCCAUGACAACAGUGGAAUCUUGGGCUCGGACUGGUUCCUCGGAAGCGUGGAAAUUUCUGAUGGAGAAAACGAACCAGCCGUUUUCCCAGCAGAAAAAUGGCUCAAGGACAAGAAGAUUUCAAGAACUCUGUAUAUCAAGGGCUAUGAUCCGGAAAAGAUGACAUCGAAAUCGACAAUGUCAGCAAUGUCUACCAGCUCCGGAAGAUCGAUUGGAAAGGGCGACUUUGAGGGACCAGCUACUAAGUAUGAAGUGAGAAUCAAAACAGGCUCUAUUCCUGGAGCAUCUUCUACAACUGAGCCAGAUGCAUACAUUCGCUUCUAUGGCAAAUCUGACGAUGUCCUGGAAUACGAGCCAACACGUGAUCGUCGUCGAUCAUCAACAACAUCAUCGGUUGACAAUGAAAAGGCAACGAAACGAAUCAAUCUUCCAAUCCCAACCGGACAGGACAAAUUCGUAAAAGACUCGGUCGACUCUUGGGCAUUCGAAAACAUGGAUGUUGGAGAACUUACAAAAGUUGAACUUGGAGUCAGGAACUUAGACGAGAGCUGGUUCGUCGAACUCCUAGAGGUUCAUCUUCCUCUCAAGGCAAAGACGUACUUCUUCAAAGUGAACAACUGGUAUUGCAAGACGGAAGGAGACGGUCUUCUCAAUAGAGUUUUCAAUGCUGAAGAUGCGCUGCCAAUCGAAGAAGGCACUGCAAAAACGGCCUAUGAAGUUACAGUUAUGACGGCUGAUGAAGAUGGGGCAGGUCUUGAUGAAGGUGAUGUUUACUUGACAUUUACUGGCGAGAGCAAAACGCUUGCUGAUGUCAAACUUGAGCGAUCAGAAGAAUCAUUCUCCCGAGCUGGAAGGGAUAUUUUCGACAUUGAUCUUGAGGACAUCGAGCCGAUAAAAAUGGUGACAGCAAAGGUAUCGACUGAUGCUGUUGAAGGCGGUGGACUUUUCGGAAGAAGAGAGAAAAAAGUCAGUUGGUUCUGUGAAAAGAUUGAAGUUAGAAACAAAGACUCGGGAAAAAUCUACGUCUUCAAUGGAACCGAAAGAACUGAGGGCGGACAAACUGUUCAGCUCAUGCCUCGCGGUUCUGCGAAAUUUCUUGACUAUGAAAUCGAAGUGAAGACUUCUGAUCUUUUUGGUUGUGGAACUGAUGCGAAUGUUAUCUGUGAAAUUACUGGCCAAAACGGUACCUCUGGUGUCUGGGCGCUAGAAAAUGGCAACAACGAGGAUCCAUUUGAGCGUAACCAGACCGAUAUCUUUAAAUUCGUCAAUAAACCUGACCUUGGAGAGCUCGCCACGCUCAGAAUCCAGCACGAUAACAAGGGAUUCAAGUCCGGCUGGCACUUGGAACACGUACGAGUGAAAGCAGGAGAGAAAGAGUGGUUCUUCCCAUGCGGACAGUGGCUGGCAAAGAGCGAAGGAGAUCGGCAAAUUGUCCGUGAGCUGGUUCCAACAAAUAUGACAGGUGGUGCUGGAGACAAUCAGAAGACUGAAUACAAUUUCACCAUUUCUUGCGCUGAUGUCAAAAAUGCCGGAACAUCUGAGUCGCUCAAGCUGAAAUUGAUGGGAUCAACUGGUUCGACAGAAAUGCGUCUGCGAAAUCCGCUUGGUCUAAAAAAAGGUGAAUCCCGUCGCUUCGACCCCGAAACGAGUAAAGGCGUCGGCGAAUUACAAGAAAUUGCGAUCAGCUUAGACGGCUCAAGAGCUGAGAAGACAUAUAUUUCAACUGUUGAGGCGGUAUUUGGUGGCAAUAAGUACUUGGCGAUUGUGGAUAACUGGGUGGACAGAAAUGGCGUCACUGCUACUGUCUCACUUGAAGACGGAAUCGCGAAACAAAGAAAUCGGCAGAAUAUCACCUACAGCGUGGCAGUCUCAACCUGUGAUGAAAGGAAAGCAGGCACGGACGCAAAUGUCAAACUGACAGUCUAUGGUUCCCUCGGCGACUCUGGAAAAAUGCCUCUGCAGCAAAGAUGGAGAGAUCUCUUUGAAAGGGGCAAUACUGACAACUUUGAGAUCAACUGCCUCGACCUCGGUGAAUUAGAAAAAAUCAAACUCGAACAUGACGACAAGGGGCGCAAUGCUGAUUGGAAGCCAAAAAAUGUCAUUAUUUCCACUCCUUCAAACUCCUGGACAUUCCCUUGCGGAUCUUGGAUCGGCCGAAAGAAAGGAAAAGGUCUCGAAGAAGAGUUCCGUGUUGCACCAAAGAUCUAA